UUUUUGUGUUAACUUUCCUGCUAAAAUAUAAAAAUUAUAUACAAAUUUAUACUUUAACAAAUUUAAAUUAUCAAUUUUGAAAACAACGAAUAUUUCGGAUUCAUAGAACUACAACGAAAUAACAAUUCAUUUUAUUCGCAGUGUAAUUGAAUUUAAAAUAAGUACUCCUCAUGAAUUUUGAAUGAAGAAAAGAAGCACAAUAAAACGUUUGCAAAAGUUGUAUAGAUUUUAUUGAAAUCUGGUAGCCGCAAUCGGAACAACAGAAUUUUUCUGCGGUUGAAAUUUGUAAUUCUGUUAAGUUUGUUUAAAGUGUUUUUAAAACAGCCUCAAAAUUACGGAACAAAAGAAUCAAGUCACCCGCUCCGAGCAGAGCAACAACGAUUAUAGGGUUGUUGUUUUUGGAGCGGGUGGAGUGGGUAAAAGCUCUCUAGUAUUGCGGUUUAUAAAAGGUACUUUCCGAGAAUCAUAUAUACCAACUAUAGAGGACACAUAUCGCCAGGUGAUAAGUUGCAAUAAAAAUAUUUGUACUCUUCAAAUUACGGAUACUACGGGAUCACAUCAAUUUCCAGCGAUGCAACGACUGUCUAUUACAAAAGGUCAUGCUUUUAUAUUAGUAUAUUCUGUAUGUUCUAAGCAAAGUUUAGAGGAAUUAAAACCCAUAUGGAAUCUUAUAAAGGAACUAAAGGGUCAAGAUGUUGUAAAUAUUCCCGUAAUGUUGGUGGGCAACAAGUGCGAUGAAAGUGAUGAAUUGCGAAAUGUCUCGGAAAUGGAAGGUAAAGCGCAGGCAGCUAGUUGGAAUAUUUCCUUCAUGGAAACAUCAGCAAAAACAAAUCACAACGUUACGGAAUUAUUUCAAGAAUUGUUGAAUUUGGAAAAAACUCGCACUGUAUCAUUACAACUGGACAACAAAACCAAAAAGAAACAGAAAAAAGAAAAGAAAGCCAAGGAAAGCAAUGGCGCAAUAGCAGAAAACGGCGAAGGCAGUACAAGCGGUGCCAAAGAAAAAUGCAAUCUAAUGUAAGGAAAACGAACACAAUACAUCGUGGUGUGGUGAUCAUCGUCAUCAUCAUAAUUAGGAAUACUUGUGUUGCAUAUACAUACAUA